AAGUUUCAUUCCACCAAUAAUGCUACAGUCUUCUUUUGGACUUGUGAAUAUUCUGUCGAGAGUCGAGACCUUAAUGGCACCGAAGAACCCCCCCCCCCAUCCCCCCAACGAACAGUGUCUCGCACUGUAAAGAGAUGUCCUCCUCGUAAUUAGAUUCAUUUGCCAUUCAUGUCCAUUUCGGGAGUUAUAACUGAAGCUUGCAGUUCGACUUCAACAAUGGACUCAGACACAAGCAGCUGUACAGAGAGCCAGUCCCAGGCAGAGUCUGAUCAGCAAGUUCUAGCUACACCCAUGAGGCCACCAAUCAACCUGAUAGAGACUGGAGGAAGCCUGAAGGUACAGACGACCACACCUCACCUGGUUGGCCUGGGCAGUGGUCGGCUCAGUGUUGCCAUCACACUUAUGCCCCUAAAUGAAGGUGUGACCCGAAUUGGCCGAGAGGAUGCGUCCGUACCCCAAGACAUCACUAUUGAGGGCCUGGGUAUAGAGGCAGAGCAUUGUCGUAUUAUAAACAGAGGAGGAGUCAUCACCCUUCACCCUUCCGGAAACCUGUGCUCACUUGAUGGAGUCCAUGUCUCAAAGCCAACAUUGCUGACACAAGGAUUCACACUCUGUCUGGGUAAAUCCUACUUCUUCCGCUUUAACCACCCUGAGGAGGCCAGACGUAUGAAGAGCAUGCUGCCCCAGAAGAGUCCUGUCGCCACUAUGGGCUACAGCUCAGAAUGUGUAAAGACUGAGCACAGCAAUGGUGGCUCAGUGGGUGGCACCAUGAUGAGAGGCUCCCGAUCGAAGGCGGAGCUGCAGGACCUGAUGGAGACUCUGCAGCGCCGGAAGAGUGCUCUAGAGGCUAGCCUGAGGGCCAGUGCAGAAUCUACCCGUACCUACCUCAGCCUGCCCCCUCCCAGCCCCCUGUCCCCCACGCCCCCCCAGGAGUGCAGAGCGCCCCCCCUCCUCCAGAGGCCUCCCCUACAUAACCAGUAGUAGCAUGCCCCCCCUCCCCUCGCCAGGGUGAGCGUCCUCUCAGCCCCAAACCGCCAUACACCCGCUCACGCCACCAAUCACAGGACAGCCUGCUCCUCUCUAGCUCCUCUGACAGGCAUUGCCCAAAUGUAGCCAGUUCUCUCCU